AGAGCUGGUGCUUAUCUAGUUCCGGUAGCAGAGGAAUUACGGAGGUCCUCCGGUGAGAAUCGGCCAGCGAAGACAUGGCGCAGGGAGGUAAGAAUGUUACCCUGAGAGCAGUCAACACUCUGGUACACCCAAACUUUGAGAUACAAGCAAACCUGCCAGACACUCAUUCACGCUUCUUGAUUGAAAUGGUGCAGGAGGCAGCUGGCAUUGACCCAGGGUUCAACAGGUUUGCUGUCCACUACCACACCAGUCCCGGAGGUUACUACCUCUCAGCCAUUAAUGAUGUUUACGCCGAGAAGGAUAAAACCUACUGGUGCAUUCUGGACUUCAAUAACCGACCUGUUGAGUAUGGCAUGAGCACCUACGAGCCACGUGAUGGUGAAACGGUAACCUUCGAGCUAAGAGUUGAUGCUGGUGGACAACAUCCAGUUGAAGGACUGUCCAGCCAUACAGCCCAUCAUUGUAGGCUUCGGUCGUCUCCUUUGUCUUUUCCGUGUUGCCUGGUUUGUUGAUCGUGCCAGCGGUGACUACGACAUCGUUUUACUCAUCACCUUCUGUGACUGACAAACCAGAAUUACCCUGGGUUUAGGGUUCGCAUUGCUGGACCUCAUUAUUCGGCAGGGUAGGGAUCUCACGAUGAAGGGUGCAUGAGUCAGGAAGAGCCACCAAGACAAUGGCCCUCGGGGUACCCAAGUAACAGUUGGUCGUGUUGAUUCUUAAUCUCAUCUCACCCUCCAAGAACUCUCCCUCAUUUCCUUUCUAUUAUGUUUGUCGGCUGUUGAAAGACCCAAGGGGUUCUCAGCAAUACAAGUUCGAUCCUUGGAGAGGUCUGCGUGCAAUAUCCAUGUGCAACACGUGUAUAUUCAUCCAGUGGGACAGACAAGUUGUACGACGAGUCCGUCUCUGUAUCUAAAAAGAUCAGGAAACAUCUCUAAAUAAGAGUGUAACUACAACUCAUUCCACACCAACCGUCACAACAUUGAGGAACUCAUGUGUCACCUUUGUCACCUUUGCCCUGACAAACAAGCUCUUUUGGCGGCAAUGAUUCUGUCGAGGUCGUCACUAAGGGCAAGCUGACCUCCUUAUCUACUCUUGCGUGUCCCUCCACUUUAGGGCGCGAGCUCCCACCAGACGACAAAUGGCUGACGGUAAUCCACUCAGUGCCCUCCUUACAACCAACGCUCAUUAGCUGAAUACAGAUGUUUUCAUAAUAAAGUUCGUCAGAGCUAGUUCAAAGUAAAUGACAAAGAAAGAUAAUACAUGAUUGAAAAAUCAGUUGGUUCAUUUCGCUGUAUUCGUGAACGCGGCGCGCUCAUGUGUGCGUCUGUGUGUGUUUGUGUUGGUCUCGUGUGUGACUGUGUGUGUGUGUCGAUCAUGGUGUGGGAAUGAAAUGUAAAGUGGGUUUGGCUGUGUUCUGAGCCACUCACUCCAAGGGCUUGCCAUCUAUUGUGUCCAAACGAGACAUUCUGGUCAUUUAAUGAGGCGUGAAGCUGACAUCAAAGAAGCCGGUUACUAUUCAGACAACACCAGAGAAGAACAGCAACUACCGCCGGCGGUCGUCACCGUUCUCCUCCAUAC